AUGUUACUAUUCGAGCAAUUUAUUUGCCUUUGGUUCGAAUAUCUACCCUCAAUAACAAUUAUUGUUUUAGAUAAUGAAAAUCUUGAUAACGCCGAUAUAGAACCCUUGAAUUCGGAGUAUCCAAGCGGCAAAAAUAGUGCUUUAAAUAAUGAGGAGACAAAAUAUGACUCUGACCAAGAACCGGUAGUGUCAGAAUUAGAGCCUGACGUCCUUACUGCCUUAGGUGAGACCACGGAAGAGACACCGAAGUUGGGCCCGAAACUCCAUGAAAAGUUAGCUCAGAAAAGGUAUACAUAA